AUGGCCGCCAUUGACGACUCCAUGCCCACGCGCAUCUCCUCCGAUUGCCCGGACGACACGCGCCAGGUCCUCUUCCACGCCUGGGGCCACGACCGCGACGGCCUCAAGGCCCUCCUGCGCACCCAGGGCAAGGCCAAUGCCCAGGACCCCAAGACGGGCGAGACUCCGCUCCACGCCGCCAUCCGAGCUUGCGGCCUUGCGUCCCCCGACGACGACGGCGAGGAGGAUGGAUGUGUUGAGGAGGCGCGUGAGGUAAUCCAGGACUUGUUCUUGUUCGGCGCCAUCUGGAACGAUGUCGAUAGCAACAAUGAGACUCCUGGGUGCGUUGCCCUCCGUCUGGGACGCAAGUCUCUCUACAAUCUAUGUGUUGAUGCCGGUGUCCGCGCAGAGCUCCUGUUCGCCAUCAUGGGCGACUAUGAAGAGCUGUCGUCGGGCGAGGAGGAUGGCGACGAAGACAUGGAGCAGGACGCGACCGAGGAGACUGCCAAUGCGGAGGCCGGUGCAGACGACGUUGCUGUCGUCGUAGACGAACCCAAGUUCGUCCCGCCGGAUGCCAACGAGAAGACCGUCACAAGCGAAGAGUAUCUCAAGUCCAAAUUGACUUACGACGAGGCCAAACUCGUCGACUCUGACCUCAAUGGUGUCAUGAUGGCUUGGGAGACAGACAUUAUGCGCCGCUCCGUCGCCGCCAUGAUCCCCGACUCCGCCCCUGGCAAGCGCGUCCUCAACAUCGGCUUCGGUAUGGGCAUCAUUGAUGGUAUGCUAGCCGACCUGAAGCCUGCGCGUCACCACAUUAUCGAGGCUCAUCCCUCUGUCCUGGAGCACCUUUCCCAGCCGGACUCCAAGUUUGGACCCGAGUGGGAGAAGAGCGGCCCCGAGGAGGGUGCCUUCAAAGUGCACCAGGGCAAGUGGCAGGACGUGUUGCCUCAGCUACUAGCGGACGGCGAGGUCUACGACGCCAUUUACUUUGAUACCUUUGGUGAGGACUACUCGCAGCUGCGCAUGUUCUUCACCGAGUAUGUCGUCGGCGUCAUGGACGAAGCGGGACGGUUCAGCUUUUUCAACGGGCUUGGUGCUGACAGGAAGAUCUGCUACGAUGUCUACACCAAGGUAGUUGAGAUGCAAUGCGCCGAUGCUGGUCUAGAUGUCGAAUGGGAGGAGAGUGAUGUCGAUAUGGCUGGCCUGGACCAGGCAGGCAAGGGAGAGUGGGAAGGCGUGCGGAGGCGGUAUUGGACGCUCGACAAGUACCGAUUACCAAUUUGCUCCUUCAUGGGCUAG